AUGGAGUUUCUAUUAUCAUCAUCAUUCCUAAGUUUUUUAUCAGAAAUAUGGCCGGAGAUUUUGAUAUCCGUACUAUCAUUUUUCAUCAUCGGAUGGUAUCCAAAAUACAAACAGUUCAACUCGUUUGCUCAACACUGGCCAGUUCUUGGUAAACUUCCUCAACUUCUAAAGAAUGCUGAUCGUGUUAAUGAGGUUCUCGUCGAUACUUUCACCACUUAUGGUUGUUCAUUCAAGCUCAAAGGUCCUUCUUUCACUCAAAUCAACUAUAUGGUUACUUGUCACCCUCGAAACAUCGAGUACAUCCUCAAAACAAACUUUCCAAACUUCCCCAAGGGUCAAGAUUUUAAGGAAAUGUUGGAUAUUUUUGGAGAUGGGAUUUUUACUUCUGAUUAUGAUGCUUGGCUUCAACAGAGAAAAACGAUGCAUAGUCGGUUUGCGUCGAAAGAUAUUCGUAGUUUUGUCGCCAAGACAAACAAGUUAGAAAUAGAAGGUGCAUUGCUUCCAUUGUUGCUUUCUCUGUCUGAAUCUCAGUCUGUUUUCGAUUUACAAAGCGCAUUUAUAAGGUUAACUUUUGAUACAAGCUUUACCAUGACCUUUGGUAAGAGUCCUAAGUAUCUUAUCGAAGGUUUUCCAUGCAACGAGCUUGCGGAAGCCAUUGAACUCGCUACUGAAACUAUGUUUUAUCGACAUGUUGUUCCUAGCUUUUGGUCGAAGACGAUGCGGUUCUUACGAGUUGGAAAAGAGAAAGAAAAUGCAAAAGCCAGAAGAGUCAUAGAUCAUGAAAUAGGUGAGUUGAUUUCUCAAAAGAGAGAAGAAAUUUCAAUGAAGCCUGAUCAGAAUCAAGCUGCUCGUUUCCAACCUGACAAAGGAGUUAUAUCUACUUACAUGAAAGAUAAGGAUUGUUCACAAGCAGGGUUUUCUAAGAGUAAUCACAAGUUCUUAAGAGAUACAGCUUUGCUUAUACUUUUUGCUUCUUCUGAUACAAGUGCUUCUGGUUUGACAUGGUUCUUCUGGUCCAUUAGUAACCAACCUGGAGUUGAAACAAAGCUCUUGGAAGAACUAAGAACUGUAGUUCUCUCUAAGAAGAAAAAUGUCAGUGAUGAUGUUUUGAACAGGGAAGAAGAAACCGGGCUUUACGUAUUCGAUCCAGAAGACUUGAAAGAGUUGGUUUAUUUGCAUGCAUGUUUGAUUGAAUCAUUACGAUUAUAUCCACCGGGUUAUAUUAACCAUAGAAGUGUUGUGGAGAAUGAUGUUCUUCCUGAUGGAGUUAGGGUCAGAAAAGGCACGAAAUGUAUACUCUCAAUAUAUGCAGUUGCAAGAAUGGAAUGGAUAUGGGGUAAAGACUGCAAAGAGUAUAGACCAGAAAGAUGGAUCGAUAAUGAAGGUAAGUUUAAGACUGAACUUAUGUCAAAUUUUUUCAUCUUUAAUGUUGGGCCAAGGACUUGUUUGGGCAAAGAGAUUGCUUUUAGUUUGAUGAAGUCUGUUAUUGCUUCCAUUCUUUAUAAUUUUCAUGUUGAGAUUGUUGGAGCUCAACCUAAUUGCUUGAAGCAGUCCAUUGUUUUGCUCAUGAAGAAUGGUUUGAAUGUUAAAGUAAGAAGAAGAGGUGUGGUGUAG